GUGGAAUAGAAGAUGUCGACGUGGUGCCACGUUGCGCUCCUAGUGAGUCACCACAGACUUGCGCGUGCCGCAAGAGCCCUGGAUGAUGCACGUGAGCCAGCACCGCAGACGCGGCCGGCUCGUUGUGACCACAGCAUAUGGUUGGUGGGUGUAUGAAUGUUCCUUCCAACCAGCACUCGGGUUAAUGAGCCUGCAUGGACAACGGCGAGAAGGCCAGCCCGAGCUCCUGCUCGUUGACGCCCCUCGGCAAGUUGCGGAUCAGCAGCGCACACGGCCUAGCGGCGCUUUGUGACCACACCCUGCCGCUUGCCCGCCCGGGGUGGCGACGGACAGCAGGCCCUGUGGUGGUGGUGGGUGCCGCGGCCAUGCUGGCGGAGGGGUCGUAGGGGCGGUUCACUGCAGUGCUGGCGUCCAUCCCUCGUCCCCUCACCCUGCCGCACCGCAUGCAGCCGGCAGUCCUUCCGCAGCUGCGAUGCGCCGCUCACUCAUUCACAAGAUGCAUCCACCUGAGCAGGCAACAGCCCAUGGGCAACAGCCAUACAAGAGUGAUGUGGGCUCAUCUCCUGACUGCUCACCGGGCAGAGGAGAGUGAUGCUGGUUGGAACCAAGCAGCAGUGUGAUGGAUGUCGCUCGUAAAGAAGACCUUGACGUCCGACAAGAUGAGGGCUGAUGCCUUGAUGGUCCGCUCACAUUGAUUUCCAAGGCAGUAGCCAACUCAAGAGCCAACUCGUCAUGGUCCUCACAACCGCGGAUGACUGCAAACAGGAGAGAAUAGAGGCGUGACUGCGUCCUGUCCAUCCUCCUUGCCCAGAGUCCCUACCUGUGUGAGCUCGGACCUUUCCUCUUUCCCUCCCCUCCUCCCCCGUGCGAGCUAAGCUGAAAAAGCUCGCAAUCGCGACGAGGUGCUGGAGAACCUGAAAGGCUAUCUGCCAUCCAGCGACACGUCCACUGAUCGUCUGCAGCUGCAGCGUGUC